UAAAGAUGGCGGGUGUCUCGUUGCAGGAAAAGGGCUGGUUUUUGUCAGAGGAAGGCAUUGCACAGUGUACUCAAGGUGGCAAGUCAGAUGCAGAAUCAGUUAUCAAAACUGCUUUAAAUACGGAUCUUAGGGAAAUUGGUAAAGGAUGGCUGCCAGAAGAUAUAAACAGGGGACGAGCAGAUUAUGUUCAGGGUCCAGGUGUGUUACAGUUACAGAAGAUACGUAAUGUGUCCGCCCCCAAAGAUAAUGAGGAGUCGCAGUUUGCACCACGACUGAUGAAGCUGGUAUUAACAGAUGGUCAUAUCACCUGUUCAGCUGUAGAGACAGAAGUGUUGAAAGACAUAGGUUCAAAUACAGCACCAGGGAGCAAGAUUUUGUUGAAGAUGACGGUUGAUGUUGAACAUGGCUUUUUACUGCUGAACAAUAAAAACACUCGAAAUCUAGGGGGUAGAGUCGAGAAAAUGGCAGAGGGGUGGGAAUUGAAAAAGAAAUUAGCGAAGCAACAGCGAGGUAGUUAUGGUACUGAAGGAGGGCCUCCACCGUUUGUACCAUUUGGUCAGAGGAUUGGUAAUGACGCUUACAAGUCCUCAACAAGACGAGAUAAUUUCAAGUCACUAGAAGUCAACAAGGGAGAUAAGAAGGUAGAGGACAAUGAGUUUGAGCAGCAAAGAAAAGCUACAAUAGCUGAGGCAAUGCAGGCUAAAGAAGAUGCACAGUCUAAAAAGUUUGGAGGUGUACAAAAACAGGUUUCCAAUGAUUAUGAUAUUGCCAAAAUAACAGAAAUGGGUUUCAAAGCUGAAGAGGCCACAAAUGCUCUUAAAGUGAACAAUGGCAAUGUGCAGCAGGCUAUAGAAUACCUGUUAAAAGGUGGUUCAUCAGAUAGAAGACCCCAAGGGGGUCCAAACAGACAGUCAAAUUAUGAGUCAGGGGAUAGGAGGGGACAAGGGGGCCCGAACAGACAGUCAAAUUAUGAGUCAGGUGAUAGAAGAGGACAAGGAGGUCCUUACAGACAAUCUAAUUACGAAUCUGACAGAAAACCACAGGGAGUUGUGAACAGACAGACAAAUUAUGAGUCAGAUAGAGGUCGAGGGAGAAGGGAUAGACGAGAUGAAGAUAACGGUCCACCUAGAGGGCGACGAGGUCGUGACACAGAUGAGGGAGAUGAGGUUAGCAGUAAACCUUCAGGUCCAGCUACACUGUUUGAUUUCCUUGCUGUAUCAAAUAAAAUACCUGAGACAAAAGACACAAAAGAAAAACCUUCAUCUGGGAAAGAUUCAUCAAACAGAAACCAUUUUGAGAAUCGUGAACGGCCUAGAACAUCUAGUGGAAGUUCUGACCAAUCAAAUCGCUCGAAACAAUCAGUACCUCCUAGAUUUGUGAACAAACCAAAAUAUGAUCAAGGUCAAAAUAGAGGUCAAGGUUAUUACCAAGAUGACAGGUCACAGAGGUCAAGAGAGGACCGACCUAAAACAGCACCAACAGAUAACCGAAGAUAUGACAAUAGAACUCAAAAUGAAAGAAAUACAAAUGAAAAAGACAGAAAUACUAGUGAUCGGAAUAGAAACUAUAAUGAUAGAAAUUAUAACGAUAAUAGGGACUACAAAAGGGGUGGGGGUAAAACUGAUGACAGAAACUUUAAACAAAAUGAUAGAAAACCAACAAAUUAUGAUUCUAGGUCAUAUUCAGACAGUUAUCAAAGACAGUCUGAUAAUCGGGAAAAUUCUCGAGGAAAUCAACGGCACGAGAAGGCCAGUAACAGGGAGAACCCACAAUCAUCAGACAGUCGCCAAAAAUCAAAUGAAAAUUAUUCAAAUAAUUCAUCAGCAUCUUCUCGGACUUCUUAUUCUAAUGGUAGGGGUGAGCAGGGUCGAUCACAGAAUUAUCAAGGUCAGAGUUCACAGUCUCACCAAAAUCAGUCUAGUGCCAAUAAUUCAUACAAACAAGAUUCAUAUUCAAAGGGAGGUAAUUCCCAGAAGUCACAGUCUAGUUAUAGUGCUAAUAAUAGAGGAGGUAGUUCUCAAAAUUACAAUACAGGAAGUGAUAAUUAUGUGCAAAAUCAGCAGACACAGUCUGGUAACUAUAGAAACUAUAACAAUUACCCUCCAAUUAGUUCAAGCGGAGGUCAGUUUCAACCAGUACCUGAGUUUGUGUACACAGAGGCACAACAACCAGUCCAGUUCAGUAUAAAAGUUGGAGAUAAAGUGAUGGCAAAAUAUUGGGAAGAUAAUCUUUUUUAUGAAGCUAUGAUUGAAGUAAUGGCACCAAAUAUGCCGACAGUGGUCGUUACAUUUACAGAGUAUGGUAACACAGAGGAAGUGAUGAUUUCAGAUAUCCGUCCAUAUAUACCACAGAUAUCCCAGCAAGGGCCUAUCAUCCCCACCGACAUGAGUGUCCCACCUCCACAAGUGUUCUUCUCUGCCCCACCACCUCCAGGAGUGACUGGUGUGGACGAUGUUAUACAGGCUUUCGGAGGCAUGGAGUUUCGGCGAGGUGGGGGCGGAGCAGCAUAUCCAAAGAAAGAUAAUCGGGGUCAGCAGCAACUCUAUCAGCCACCCCCACAGCGGAGAUAGACACACAGAUCAUACGGUCCAAUCAUUUUCAGAUGGGUAAACCUGCCGGAAGACCACCUUUAUACUUAACUUUGACUCUAAACUUUAAAAAUGAUCAUUAAAAUACAAGUCACUGUUAAGUGAAACCUUUGUCAGUUUUAGCAAUCAAGAAAAUGAACCUACAAAAGUUGAGUUCAGGUGGAUGUUAACAGAUCACUUGAGAAAGCCUAACUAGUUGUUUUUUUUAUAUCUCUAAUAGUCACAUAGAAGAAAUUAAUUAUACAAUGACAGUAUGUUUUUGUUUCUCCUAAAAAGUGACCAAAAACUAUGUAUGUGAUUUCUGAAGAACAAUUACACAUCAUUGGAAUCUGUGAAAACUAAGUUGUUUCAUAUGUGAAGGUUUGUAUAUCAGUAAAUAUAUUACGUAAAAAGUACUUCCUCAAACUUUUAGGAAAAAAUUGUGUCAACUUCUCAGUCCAGAAUAUAUUAUUUGUUUGUUUGUUUUUGAUACAUAUUAUUUAAUUAUUCAGUCAGAGACAUGUUACUUUAAUUUUCCAUUUACAUAUGUAAAACAAUAAACAAAUUAGAGAACACCAUUCUUGGAUUCACAAUUUGGAUCUUUUCAAAAUAGAAUGUUUAAAUGGAUUUAGAACACAUGUCCUUACUGCAGAAAACCAGGCAACUGAUUAUGAUUUAAUGACUCAUUGGUUUGGGCAUUAUAAGACAGCUUCUUUUGAUAUAUAUACAUGUAUAUUGUUUGUUUGUCCUCAUUAAUUAUGCCCCCGUAGGGAGGCAUAUUAGUUUUCAGCUGUCCAUCCGUUCGUUAGGUUGUUCAUCACAAAGUUAACUUUUUGCAUGAAGGCACUUUACUCACGAACCACUGCACCCAGGACCUUCAAACUUCAUAUGCUGAUAGUAUUUAUUGAGUAUACCACCCCUACUGAUUUUGGGAUCACCAGGUCAAAGGUCUAGGUCACAGGGGCCAACGUUAACUUUUUGCAUGAAGGCACUUUACUCGCGAACCACUGCACCCAGGACCUUUAAUCUUCAUAUGCUGAUAGUCCUUAUUGAGUAUACCACCCCUACUGACAUUGGGGUCACCAGGUCAAAGGUCAAGGUCACAGGGGCCAACGUUAACUUUUUGCAUAAGGCACUUUACUCGCGGACCACUUCACCCAGGACCUUCAAACUUCACAUGCUGAUAGUACUUAUUAGCUCACCUGUCACAAAGUGACAAGGUGAGCUUUUGUGAUCGCGCGGUGUCCGUCGUCCGUCCGUGCAUGUGUCCGUCCGUCCGUCCGUAAACUUUUGCUUGUGACCACUCUAAAGGUCACAUUUUUCAUGGGAUCUUUAUGAAAAUUGGUCUGAAUGUUUAUCUUGAUGAUAUCGAGAUCAAGUUCGAAACAGGGUCAUGUGCGGUCAAAAACUAGGUCAGUAGGUCUAAAAAUAGAAAAACCUUGUCACCUCUCUAGAGGCCAUACUUAUGAAUGGAUCUCCAUAAGAAUUGGCCAGAAUGUUCACCUUGAUGAUAUCUAGGUCAAGUUUGAAACUGGGUCACGUGCCUUACAAAACUAAGUCAGUAGGUCAAAUAAUAAAAAAACCUUGUGACCUCUCUAGAGGCCAUACUUUUCAUGGGAUCUGUAUGAAAGUUGGUCUGAAUGUUCGUCUUGAUGAUAUCUAGGUCAAGUUCGAAACUGGGUCAACUGCGGUCAAAAACUAGGUCAGUAGGUCUAAAAUUAUUAAAAUCUUUUGACCUCUCUAGAGGCCAUAUUUUUCAAUGGAUCUUCAUGAAAAUUGAUCUGAAUUUUCACCUUGAUGAUAUCUAGAUAAAGUUCAAAACAGGGUCACGUACCUUCGAAAACUAGGUCAAUAGGUCAAAUAAUAGAAAAACCUUGUGACCUCUCUAGAGACCUAUUUUUCAGUGGAUCUUCAUGAAAAUUGGUCAGAAAUUUUUCUUGAUAAUAUCUAGGUCAAGUUCAAAACUGGGUCACAUGAGCUCAAAAACUAGGUCACUAUGUCAAAUAAUAGAAAAAACGACGUCAUACUCAAAACUGGGUCAUGUGGGAAGAGGUGAAUGAUUCAGGACCAUCAUGGUCCUCUUGUUGAGUACACCAUCCCUACUGACUUUGGGGUCACCUUGUUAAAGGUCAAGGUGCUUCGGGGGCAUUUGUCACCAUUAGUGACAGCUCUUGUUGUUUCAUUAAUUGAUACAACAUAACCAAAAUGCAGUGAAAUCAUUAAAUUUUGUGGUUAUAAAUUUUUUGUGUUUUGCACAAACAGUUUUUAGCUCGACUAUUCGAAGAAUAGGGGAGCUAUCCUACUCGCCCCGGCGUGAGCGUUAGCGUGGGCGUCACACAAAUGUUAAAGUUUGCGUACCACCCCAAAUAUUUUCAAAGUCCAUUGAGCUAUUGCUUUCAUAUUUUGCAUACUUAUUUACCAUCAUGACCCCAGUCUGUAAAAAGGAGGAGGCAACUCUGUCAAGCAUUUUGACUGAAUUAUGGCCCCUUUUCGACUUAGAAUAUGCUUAUUGUAAUGUUAAAGUUUUACUCAUUGCUUAUAUUAUACUAUCAAGCACUGAGAAUAGUUGAGCGUGCUGUCCACUGACAGCUCUUGUUGUUUUUUUUUAGGGGGUGUGGGGUAUAAUUCAAGUAUUUCCUCUUAUCAAUAUAAAGGGGGAUUUAAUUUCAUGGGUUAAAGCAGAAAUGAAAUUAAUGAAAAUUAGACCUGCAAAUAUUGAUGAUUUCACAAUACUGUUAGAAAACGGGUUUUCACUCUGCCAAUCAUCCGUUAGAAAAGAACAGCAAUAUUGGAACUCCAAGUUUUGUUUGUUAAAUGAAUGUAUUCAGUUCAUUGUUUUCUAUUUGACAGUGUGUUUAAGGAUGUUUUAUGUUUUAGCUUGCUGUCGAAAUUAGAAAUGCUAUGAGAUUUUAGAGAUUGUAAAUUUAACUGCCUUAGAAAUGCUGUGUUGCUGCCUGAGCAACACUGCGUGUUUUUACAGUAUACCUGAUUCCAGAGUUAACCCGUAUCAUGCUAGACACAUAAAUUCUGCCUUUGCGACCAGUGUAGAUCAUGAUCAGCCUGCACAUCCAUGCAGUCUGAUCAAAAUCUGCACUGUUUGCCAUUCAGUCAGUAUCUUUUUGGUAAGCACCCCUUUUACAAUGUAUCAGUUAUAUGGUACUGUCAAAAUUGAAAGAUGGACAAGUUCAUUUGUAGAAAUUUAGCAGGGAAAGAGUUAAUGGAAUCUUAAUCAUACUAAUUUUUUAGCUCCACUUUUCGGAGAAUAGGGGGGCUAUUCCACUUGCCCCGGCAUUGGUGUGACCUUUCUUGGUUAAAGUUUUUCGGCAACCUUUGUUUUUCUGUCAUAUCUUUGUCACUAUAGCUUAUAUCUUACUGAAACUUCACAUAAACAUUGUCCAGUAUACAAACAAAAUAUGUGUAGGGGCUGAGCCCAUUAUACUCAAGGUCAAGGUCACCCAGGUGUUAUACUUAGGUUAUUUUUAAGUUUAAAGUUUUUCGGCAACCAUUGUUUCUUUGUCAUAUCUUUGUUACUAUUGCUUAUAUCUUACUAUAACUUCACAUAAACAUUGUCCAGUAUACAAACAAAAUAUGUAUACGGGCUUUGCCCAUUAUACCCAAGGUCAAGGUCACCAAUGUGUUAUACUUAGGUUAUUUUUAAGGUUAAAGUUUUUCGGCAACCUUUGUUUUUCUGUCAUAGCUUUGUUACUAUUGCUUAUAUCUUACUGUAACUUUACAUAAACAUUGUCCAGCGUACAAACAAAGUAUGUACAGGGGCUUGGCCCAUUAUACCCAAGGUCAAGGUCACCAUGGUGUUAUACUUGGAAUUAUUUUCAUGUUAAAUUUUUUCGAAAGCUUCAUUUAUAGACAUAUCUUUGGAACUUUAAAAGAUAAUGACUUGAAAUUAAAAAUGUUUCUUUAUAAUCAUCUGUAUGUGUGGUUACAUACCCCAUAACUCUAAUUGUAUUUUUGACAGAAUUAUGCCCCUUUUAUACUUAAAGUUUUUUUUGCAAUCUUCGCUUUCUGGAUAUAACUUUAAUGCAAUAUAAGAUAAAGACUUGAAACUUAAAAUGUAUCUUUAUCAUCAUCAUCAUCUGCAUGUGUGGUAACAAUCCCCAUAACUCUGAUUUGUAUUUUUGACCAAAUUAUGCCCCUUUCAUACUUAAAUUUUUUAACAAACUUUGUUUUCUGGACAUAACUUUGGUACUAUAUAAGAUAAUGACUUGAAACUCAAAAUAUAUCUUUACCAUCAUCAUCUGCAUGUGUAGUAACAAUUCCAAUAACUCUAAUUUGUGUUCUUGACAGAAUUAUGCCCCUUGGUGUGUCUUCCUUUUAAAGUAGAGGUCUCUUAUUGAGACAUAUAUUCAUUUUACUGUCAAAUCGCUGAAUAGUGGAGCGUGCUGUCUUACUGACAGCUCUUAUUCAUCCAUUACAGUUACAAAAAAAAAAUCAAUUGAAAUGUUCUGUGAUACCAUUCAUAUCCUUGGUGUGUUGAUGAAGGGGCCUACUUUUUAUGGUUGCCAUUACCCAUUACAAUAUAAUGACAUACAAAUGUAUAUCAAAUGAAAUCCCUACAUAUUUUAUCCUGAAAUUUUGGUAUCAACAAUUAAUGUAAUACUGUGAAAUCAUUAUUAUUCGUGGGGGAUUAAUUUUCGUGGUUGAGCUAAACCACGAAUUUAAGUCCCAACGGACAAAUUAUGCCCACGAUAAUUUUUAAUUGUACGCAAUGUCGCCAAAAAAGAUACCAUAGCCGUUCGAUCUGAUACGUAGUUGUAUGCAUGCGGCAGUACUAACCUGCAGCUUUCGUGUAGUUAAUGGAGACUCCAUCAACGAUAAACAUAAGUAUGCGUGGGAACAAAACCGACUAUUUGUACCCCCCGACAACAAAGUUGUCAGGGGGGGUAUACUGGUUUCAGGUUGUCUGUCUGUCUGUCUGUCCGUCUGUCUGUCUGUCUGUCCGUCUGUCCGUAGACGCAAUCUUGUGCGCACCAUCUCUCCUUAUCCCCUUGACAGAAUUUAAUGAAACUUCACACAAGUGAUCAGUACCAACAGUAGUUGUGCAUGGGGCAUGUAAGGUUCUUUAAGAAAAAAAAUUUGCAGAGUUAUGGGACUUUGUUUUUUUGUUACUAUACUAUAUACAUAGACACAAUCUUGUGUGCACCAUCUCUCCUCAUCCCCUUGACACAAUUUAAUGAAACUUCACACAAGUGAUCAGUACCAACAGUAGUUGUGCAUGGGGCAUGUUAGGUUCUUUUAGAAAAAAAAUUUGCAGAGUUAUGGGACUUUGUUUUUUUGUUACUAUACUAUAUACAUAGACACAAUCUUGUGCGCACCAUCUCUCCUCAUCCCCUUGACACAAUUUAAUGAAACUUCACACAACUGAUCAGUAACAACAGUAGUUGUGCAUGGGGCAUGUUAGGUUCUUUCAGAAAAAAAAUUUGCAGAGUUAUGGGACUUUGUUUUUUUGUUACUAUACUAUAUACAUAGACACAAUCUUGUGUGCACCAUCUCUCCUCAUCCCCUUGACACAAUUUAAUGAAACUUCACACAGGUGAUCAGUAACAACAGUAGUUGUGCAUGGGGCAUGUUAGGUUCUUUCAGCAACAAAAAUUGCAGAGUUAUGGGACUUUGUUUCUUGUUAACAUACUAUGUACAUACAGCCUGCAUAUGCAAUCUUGUGCGUGCCUAAUCUACCAAACCCUUGCACACAAUUUAAUGAAACUUCACACAAGUGAUCAGUACCAACCCUAGUUGUGCAUGGUGCAUGUUACAUUCUUUUAGAUAAAUAUUCUGCAUAGUUAUGGGACUUUUUUUUGUUACUAUACUGAAUACAUACAGUCCACAUAAUUAUGCAGUCUUGUGUGUGUCAAAUUCAAUGUACUGUGUCAGUGCAUGUGGGGGGGGGGUACAUUCAUCACCUUUAGUGAUAGCUCUAGUUCAUUUAGAAAUGUACCCAUGGUUUGUUUAUGACAAGUUUGUCAAAGUGAAAGUAGAUACUAAGUAUAGAAGUUUGACGUAGCGUCACGUGCCACCUGCACUAUAAUACGGCUGUUAUAUGAUUUUUUCGGCGCCGCUUUGCAAUGUUUAUACACUAGCCUUUAUUUUUACUGACAUGUAGUAAAAUACUACGACUUUGGAACUAUUAAAUAUUACAAAUUAAUUGUAUGAUUCGUAUCUGAUGCAUUAAUACCAAAUUCACAUUACACAUUUCUUGGCAGGAAAUAACGCAUGCACAAGUUCAACAGCUUGUAAUUUUAGAUGCAGACACGCAUUCAUUUUGAAAAAGAAGUCGGACCAGUUUAUAAUAGUUUAUGUAAGAAUUAUUAUGGUUAUACUAGCACUAUUUAAAUGUAUAAUAGUGUGUUUUAAUUUGCAGUACAAUAAGUAGUUCUUGUUUAAAACACGAUCAAAUGAUCAACUUUAUAUUUGUUUCGAUUAUGAAUGGUAAUUGUGCUAGGUGCUACGGUUUUGACACUUUUUAAUUGGCGCCGACUUUUCGCAUUGAAUAUUUCACAGUUUUAAAAAGUUUUGCAAAUUAGGGGUCGUAUAAUUAUAGAUAACACAGUCAUUAAUUGACACAUGAUCACUCGCUAAUCUCCCGCGGCAUCAAUUGCAAAUUCUGUAACCAUGGUAGCGCUGUUUGACACGUGUAGGUUUCACAUGUAAGGACAGAAGUCCUUGUAGAUUUAUUCCUGUGGAAAUAAUGAUUUUUUUUAUUAUUAUUAUUUUGAAAAUCCACGAAUUUACGUCCCCACGAAACAGCCGUUUUGGUCAAAACCACGAAAUUUUGUGCUGACAAAAUUAAGUGAUUUCACAGUAUAUAUUUUGACCAAAUAGUGAAUUUUUGUCAACAGAAUUUUAAUGAUUAAGUCACUUGAAGGCAGACCUUUUUGUAUAUUUUGAGAUUUAUUAAUUCGAAAUGUUAUAUUACCAUUUUUUGAUAUCACUUUCUUUUUAUAUUGAUAUAAUGUUGGACAUUUUAUUUCACCAACACAAAUCAUAGACAAACCAUGUUUAAAUUUAGAGGCCACAUUAUCUACUUGAUAAUUAUAAAUCUUUGUCAGAAUGUUUGUCUGUAUGAAAUCUAGGCCAAGUGCAAAACUAGAUCAUUCAGUUUUAAAUUAGGUCACUAGGUCAAAUCAUGAAAAAACAAUAACACUUUAGUUCAGUUUCUUGCGUGAUCUUCAUAAAUGUUUAUACAAAGCUGCCUCAAGUUUAAAAAUGUAGGAUCUAAGGUCAAAAACUAGGUCAUAGGAUCAAAUUGUUGAAAAAUUUUGUUAUUGAUUUACAUUCUUCUGCAGAAAAAAUCAGUUGUCACUCUGUUUAGAAUGUUUUUAGCAAAAUUCAUUCAUUUUGACAUUUCUGAAUUCCUAACUGGGUACUUUGAUCUUAUUUAUUAUCUAGCUUGAUCAUGUUCACUGUCAACUUCUAUUUUUAAUGAAUAAAAGAAAACGUCCUUUUUCUUGCCAUAAAGUUGGCAGUGUAGUAUACAAUGUUAUAAAGUCUGUCAUUGUAGGUAAUUAGGCGAAGCGGGAUUAUAGGUUAGAACCUCUGGUAUCAUGUUAUAAGGAUCUUAAUAUGCAGUGAAGGGCAGUGAGGAAUGAUUAAAGUUAGCACAAGCAAGAUUUCUUAUUGCACUUUAUCACAUAUUUGACGUCGCGGGAGUGUAAUAAAGCCAUUAUUUAAAAAUGAUAAUACACUAGUGUAAUAAAGCUUUGACAUCGACGUCAUUUAUAGUACUGGAGACGUUGGUGAAAUUGACGUGUUUAUAUAGUAAUAGAAAGUAGAAUUGUUUAUGUUUCUACAGGAAAAGCUGACAUGUGAUAAAAAGAAUAUUACAUUUGUGACUUUCCACACUGAAUUAAUUAAACUCGUUGAAUAAAAUUGAUAAAAUGCUCGGCAGAGCCUCGCAUUUUAUUAUUUUAUUCAACUCGUUUAAUAAAUUCAGUAUGAAAAGCCACUUAUGUAAUAUCCUCUAUGUCCGAAGGUUGGGAAAACACCUCACACAGGCAGGCAUGCAAUAUUAUUUUUCUUGCCUACCCUAAGGCUUGUAAAAUUUCAGAAGAUAAUGUAAAUUAUAAAAGCACAAAAUGAUUUAGUUUAUGGCAUCACAAUACAUAUGUGUACCUUGUCUUCUCCCUAAAGAAAAGUAAAGGUGAUAUCUGUGUUGGGCAAGAAAAUUUUCUCUGCAAUGGUUGACUGAAGACAGUGCCUGUAAGAUUAUUUCUCCUCCAUCUCUGAUUCAUUGCUUAAAUUUUCAUCUGAUUAUCUUCAGAGUUACAUAUCUAAUGAAAAACCGCCAUAUUGUAAUUAGUUCUACUAUGUUUAGGGCAUUAAAUAUAUUAUUGUCCUGUGUAUGUUCAGACAGCAAGCACUUGAGGUGAUACAUAUUUUCAUUUUUGCUGUGAAAAAAUUACCAUGUGCAAGUUAGAAUAUACAUACUUGACAGCAGGUCUCUACUUGACAGCAGGUCAAAGAACAUGGUUGUUUUGUUAUGAUUGUUAAAGGUUCAGGCUGAGAUUGUCCACUUGUACUGGUAUUCAUACUUCUAGGAUUAUUUUCAUAUCUUUUAGAAGCCUCUCAGACACCCAUAUCUAGGUUUUAGAAAUUUUGACAAAAUUUAUACAUGUGUAAACUUCAUACAUUGAGGUGUAGCAAACCACAAGAUUAAGUUUUUUUGACAGUUUCAACAGACUUUAGUAGCAGAAUAAUGCUUUUAAUUUUGUAUUUUUCCUAUACAUGCAGCUGUUUAAAUCUUGUUCCCACUAACUUCAAUUAGUAAGUAAUUGUACAAAAAUAAGGAUAAACAGAGUGAUUCAUUGACUUAGGCUGUAUCUGUUUAUAGACUUGUUGUUAUACAUGUUGAAAUGUUAUGCAAUAAAAUUUUGAUGUUGAAAUUUAAAAAAAAUAAAAUUAAAAAAAAAAAUAUUAUACCAUAAUCAUAAAAAAAAAAUUUAAAUCACGUCUAUUUUUAGCUCAGUGAGCCAAAGGCUCAUGGUGAGCUUUUGUGACCGCUCAGUGUCUGUCAUUUGUCGUGUGUCGUCGUUGUGUGUCCGUCAACAUUUUCUAAAAAAAAUCUUCUUGAAAACCACUGGGCAGAAUUACACCAAACUUCACAGGAAUGAUCCUUGGGUGGCCCCCUUUCAAAAGUAUUCAAAGAAUUGAAUUCCAUGCAAAACUCUGGUUGCCAUGGCAACCGAAAGGAAAAACUUCUUAUCCAAAACCACAGGUCCUAGGGCUUUGAUAUCUGGUGUGUAGCAUCAUCUAGUGGUCCUCUACCAAGAUUGUUCAAAUUAUCCCCAUAGGGUCAAAUAUGGCCCUGCCCCGGGGGUCACAUGGUUUAUAUAGACUUAUAUAGGGAAAACUUUGAAAAUCAUCUUGUACAAAACCACACGGCCUAGGGCUUUGAUAUUUGGUAUGUAGCAUCAUCUAGUGGUCCUCUACCAAGAUUGUUCAAAUUAUCCCCCUAGGGUCAAAUAUGGCCCUGCUCUGCCCUGGGGGUCACAUUGUUUACAUAGACUUAUAUAGGGAAAAACUUUAAAAAUCUUCUUGUCUUAAAACACAAGACCUAGGCUUUUGAUAUUUGGUAUGUAGCAUUGCCUGGUGGUCCUCUACCAAGAUUGUUCAAAUUAUUACCCUGGGAUGGAAUAUGGCCCCGAGGGAAAAACUUUAAAAAUCUUCUUGUCUGAAACCACAAGACUUAGACCUUUGAUAUUUGGUUUGUAGCAUUAUCUUAUGGUCCUCAACCAAAAUUGUUCAAAAGGUACUCCUGGGGUGAAAAGAGGCCCUGCCCUGGGGGUCCCAAGUAUUAUAUAGACUUAUAUAGGAAAAAAACUUUAAAAAUCUUCUUGUCUAAAACCACAGGACCUAGGCUUUUGAUAUUUGGUAUGAUGCAUUGCCUUCUACUAAAAUUGUUCAAAUUAUGCCCCUGGGAUUAAAAGAGGCCAGGGGUCACUUAGUUAUUAUAUGAGUUAUAUAGGGAAAAAAACUUAAAAAAUUAUCUGAUCCUAUUUCCAAAACUGUUUAAUUUAUUAUUAUAAUUACCCGAUGACCCCAAGUAUUAUGCUGUCACAUGACUGUGACUUUUUGACCUGCUUUCUUGUUUUUUAAGAUACAGCCUUUAAAUUUGGAUGACAUACACAGUUUUGCACACCGAUCGUAAAAUUGAAUUUCAUUGACCAUGAAUGUGACCUACUGACUUUCUUAAUAUUUUAGCAUCAGUUUGACAUUUUAAACAUGUAGCUCAUAUUGCUCAGGUGAGCGAUCCAGGGUCAUCAUGACCCUCUUGUUAAAUAUUUGGUAUUUUACUGUUGGAACGGGGAACCGUCAUAUUUGGUUUAGUGGAUUAAUCUGAAAUUUCAUCAUUCCUGGAUUGACAUAAGUAGCUAUCUGCUAAAAAGAUGUACGAUGCUGUACAUGUUAAGGUAAACCGCCAAUGUUACAAAUACUUCAACACAAUUUGACCUGACUUUCUCAAAAUAACAAUAGAUAAAUACGUGUGGACAUUUUUAAAAUGCUUAGUUUUACACCAGUAUGUUUUAACUGCUGUCUAAACUUAAUAUGCUUAAUAUAAAAUGAGUUUCAGAGCAGGUGAUUCCUGGAAGUCUUAAAGUUUUUAUCACUUUUAAAAAAAAAAUGUAAAAAAAAGGUGAUGUUUUUCAUACCUUUUUGUUGUACAAGUUUGUAAAUUAUGUUAAUAAUUAGAACCUUAGUGGCAUGCUUUUUACUUGUAAGAUUUGUUUAUGUUGUUUUAGUAAAAGAAAAGAUAUAUUUAAAUAUUUAGUUAAGUCAUGUACAUUGUCUGUUACUAUGUGUACCAAAAACAAGUUAGCAUGGUUGUUUAAAGAAUAUAUAUAUUAUACAUGUAUAUAUAAAAUUUUGUAUAGCUUCAUCGUAGGUUGUUCACAUUUUUUACUGUCAUUUGAAAAAAAAAAAAUGGAAAAAAGUCAUUUUGGACAAAUGUCUAUGCAAUUGGUUUUGUAGAAGUAAACAAACUUUUCCACAUCUU